AUGUCCGAACUCAGCCAAAACUCUGACGAAGAUGUGUGUCCUGAGGACAUCGACGAGGAUGAAAUCCUGGCAAACCUGUCCCCUGAGGAGCUAAAGGAGCUGCAGUGUGAGAUGGAAGUCAUGGCCCCAGACCCUGAAGUCCCAAUAGGGAUGAUACAGAAAGAUCAGACAGAGAAACCCCCAACGGGGAGCUUUGACCACAGGUCGCUGGUUGACUACCUGUACUGGCAGAAGGCAUCCAGACGCAUGCUCGAGGACGAGAGAGUUCCUGUCACCCUCUUGCCCUCUGAGAGAAGCGCUGCAGAGGAGGCAGAAGGAAAGGCCCUGGGCAGCAGCGAGGCGGCCAGCGGGAGGGUGCCAGGAGCAGAGGGAAAAGAGAGACACUACCAAAAUGAGCACUUGUCCAGCUCAGGAACACCAUCCGGGGAGACAAACAAAGGUGGAAGCGAUAAGGAGACAGUGGAGGAGGAUGAUGAGAAAGAAGAAGCUGAGGAGGAUGAGGAAGAUGAUGAGGAAGAUGAUGAAGAGGAGGAUGAAGAGGAGGAUGAGCCUGAAUUGGAAACAAAGGAGAUUUCCACCAAUGAGAACAGUGACAGAGAUCAGAUAAGUAAGAAAUCAGGUACAGAACCAGGAGAAACUACAGAAAAGCCACAGGAAAAUGAAAAGAAAAUAUCCAAACUGAACAUCCCCAAAAAGUUAGCACUGGACACCAGCUUCAUGAAGCUGAGCGCCAGGCCCUCGGGAAACCAAACCAAUUUAGACGAGAGUUUGGACAAAGUCCGAAGAAACAACCCAGACGUGAAAGAACUCAACUUGAACAACAUAGAGAACGUCCCCAAAGAAAUGCUGAUAGACUUUGUCAAUGCCAUGAAAAAGAAUAAGAACGUAAAAACGUUCAGCUUGGCCAACGUGGGGGCCGACGACAACGUGGCUUUCGCUCUGGCCAACAUGCUGCGGGAGAACAGGAGCAUCACCACGCUGAACAUCGACUCCAACUUCAUCUCUGGCAAAGGGGUGGUUGCUAUCAUGAGGUGUCUGCAGUACAACGAGACACUGACGGAGCUCCGCUUCCACAACCAGCGGAGCAUGCUGGGCCACCAGGCAGAGAUGGAGAUCGCCAGGCUGCUGAAAGCCAACACCACCCUCCUUAAAAUGGGGUAUCACUUCGAACUGCCGGGGCCCAGGAUGGUGGUGACCAACCUGCUGAGCAGGAACCUGGACAAGCAGAGGCAAAAGAGGAAAGAGGAGCAAAGACAGCAGCAAAUGAAAGAGCAGAGAGAGUUGAUAGCGAUGCUGGAAAAUGGACUUGGGUUGCCUCCCGGGAUGUGGGAAAUGCUGGGGGGGCCAAUGCCCCAGCCGAGGGUGCACGAACCCCCGCAAGCCCCGAAACCACCCAUCCCUGCUGCUGUGUCCCUGAGCAAAAGGCAGGAGAGCACGAGGCAGGUGGCCCCUGAGGAGCCAUGCAGAGAGAAGCCCGUCAACUUCAGAGUGGUCAAGCUGAAGAAGAUCCAACGCAAAUCCGCCGUGCCGGAGUACGUGGAACCCGCCGAGAAAACCAACCUCAAAGAUGUCAUCAAAACCCUUAAACCGAUCCCCAGGAGAAGGCCACCCCCUCUCGUCGAAAUAACCCCCCGAGAUCAGCUGCUGAACGACAUCCGUCAGAGUAACGUCGCUUACCUCAAACCGGUGCCGUUGCCGAAGCAGCUGGAGUGA